UCGAACGCCAUCUUCGCAUAAAAAUCUGGAUAACCGAGGGUAUACGACCCAUUCGAUUCUACAACAAUCGCCGCCGAUCGUGUCCUUUCCGUCGUUCACCAUCCCCAGAAUCCAGGAUAGAAGAAAAGAAGGUUGUGGCGGAGAAGUCGACGUACAUUGCCGCAAAUUUCGAUCAAGGUAGCGAAACCUUUGAAGUGCCGCAACAUUCACCGGCACUUCCGUUACAUGUUCUGGUAAUCGGCAUUGAUUGUUAAUUUGAAGAAAAGCGACUGUUUUCAAAAGGUCAUACAGAUCAACGUGCUUCAAAGUACCUACAUAACAUCAAACGUGUACGUCUGUAUGGUAAUAAAUGCUUUUCGAGCCAACCAGCUGAGGACCUAUUCCGGGAGUUACGUUCUGUGACCACAGAAGAAAACUCUGGAAACAGCCGUAUGCUCAGUAUGCGAGAAAUUGAUGAUCGCAUCCUCCGAACUUUCGUGAAGGUGUUGAUUUCGUACCGGCAAAAGGAAUCGUAUACUUUUACUGACAUUGAAAAACUCGUCAUUUCACCAGAUAGGUAUAGACAUAAUGAAAAUAAGAACGAACCGAAUAACCGAAGUUAACAAUAGAUGUUGAUGAAAGCAGCUCUUCGUCUAAAAAGCAUACCUUCAAAAUAAAAGACUGCAAAGGAAAGAUUCACCGGAUUAAAAAAUCACCACGCCAUGGCCAGCGUCGUUGCUCAGCAGUUCGAUCUGCCGCCGGAACUCUGGUCGCAGAUCUUCGCACACUUGAAGCCCCAGCAGCUCUUGCGGAUCCGGCUGGUUUGCCACCGCUGGAAGACGAUCGCAGAUCGCGUGCGAUCUCUCUGGGCCCGGCUUCGCAUAAAAUUUCCAGACGAAGUCACGCUGGACGAGAACUUCCGACCGUUCAUCGCACCGGCUGCCGAUGUUCAACUGGAAGCGGUGAGGAUCGUGACCGUGGAUUCGUGGUGGCCGACGCACUUGACCUGCGUACGGAUGCGAGGUUGCCACGUUUCACUGGAGUCGUUUCUUGGGAUGCUCCGACGGACGCCGAACUUGACUCAACUUGAGCUCAUUUAUGUGGAGUUUACCUCUAGAGGCAAUCCUGAAGUUGUGGAUUUCCGGUUGGAGUGUUUGGAGAGUCUUGAGUUGAUACAGUACUCCGACGAUCUGCUGGACCUUUUUGGGCGGUUGUGUCCGCGCUUGCGCGAGCUGAGUCUGGAAGACGACGGUGAGCACGACCGGGCGACGGCGCGCUUGAUCGAGUCCGUCCAGGACACGUUGCAGCGGUUGAAGCUUUGGAUGACGCCGUACGUGCUGCAGAAAAUGAGCCUGCUGGAGCGCCUCCAGUUGAAGUCGGUUGAGCUGACCGACCUGCAGGAGGACGAGUACGCGCUCAGUGUGAGCAGGUUUCAGCCGAGCCUUGAAGAGUUGCUCGUUACAAUCCGACGAAAUUCGGUUCUCUGUGAAAUUGGCACGAACCUUCCCGGACUCAAACGGCUCACGGUCGGAUUGGUGGAGGAAGAUGGACUCGACUUUCUGGCCACGAUGCCGCUGCUGGAAGAACUGGACAUUGGCGGAGGGCAGGAAGCGUUGAACUUCAACGGAUUUCACUGCCCAAACCUAACGAAGUUAACACUAGACGGCGUUGAACUCGUAGUGAGCAGUCUACGGUCGCUUUCAAGCAAGCUCAAGGAGCUUAAAUUUGAAAAAUGCGCCAUGGACAGCUGGUCCGACCUGUUGGCAGUUCUGGCCGCGCAAUCGUCGCUUCUCCAUCUGGACCUUUGGUUCAUACAGUUUGAAAACCGAGCCAUCCCUACCAGUUCGCCACCACCUCAAACAAACCUAGAAUAUCUGCGAAUCCACCCGGUCACGCCCUUCACCAACAAAAUGCUGCUCCAUCUGACCGAAAUGACCCCGCACCUUACGACCUUGGCCCUGACAUCGAUGCCGCGCAUUGGCGACGCCACGGUUCGGAAGCUGUGCCGCCAGUUGCCGCGACUCGCGCAGCUGACGCUCGACUUUUGCUCCGUAACGGCGGCUUGCGCCAGGGUCGUUGUGGACCGACACCGUGCCCUCAAGCACGUCCAGAUACGGGCCAAGUCGCAAUCGAAAUUCCAGGAGAUUCGACGUUUUCCUAGCUGACCACGGUGAAAACAGAAUGUGCGAGAGUCUUCGAUCCCAAAAGUGAGCCGUUUUUCGUGAGAGUGUUGUUUUUUGCCAGAAAUAAAAUCACAAUUUUAUGACAAAA